GCCCCGCGCGUCCCCACCCGCCUCCGAAUUCGAUUUCUUCCUCCCCUUUGCUUUUUCACGCCCUCCACCAUUCCCACCGCCGCCUUCCCCUUUCUCCCCUCCUCCUCCUCUUCCCCCUCCUCCUUCCCCCACCCCUUCCUCAGGCGAGCUCCACCACCGCUCCUGCGGCGGCGAAGAGAGGGAGGCGUGAAGUCAGGGAGGGAGCUGAGGCGAGGAGCAGGCGAUGGGGCAGCAGUCGCUGAUCUACGCGUUCGUGGCGCGGGGCACGGUGGUGCUCGCCGAGUACACCGAGUUCACCGGCAACUUCACCACCAUCGCGGCCCAGUGCCUGCAGAAGCUCCCCGCCACCAACAACAAGUUCACCUACAACUGCGACGGCCACACCUUCAACUACCUCGUCGAGGACGGCUUCACAUACUGCGUCGUUGCUGUCGAAUCAGUUGGGCGACAAAUCCCCAUAGCUUUCCUGGACAGAAUAAAGGAAGACUUCACCAAAAGAUAUGGUGGUGGCAAAGCAGCUACUGCUGCAGCAAACAGCCUGAACAGGGAGUUCGGAUCAAAACUUAAAGAGCACAUGCAGUAUUGUGUGGACCACCCUGAGGAGAUCAGCAAGCUUGCCAAGGUGAAGGCCCAAGUCUCAGAAGUCAAAGGUGUUAUGAUGGAAAACAUUGAGAAGGUUCUUGACCGUGGUGAGAAGAUUGAACUGCUUGUCGACAAGACUGAAAACCUGCGUUCUCAGAUGACAAGCAUGCCAGUAUAUAUGUAGGAAUACCCUGAUAUGCUUUCAAGGUGAAGCGUUCAUGUUAUGACACAUUACUGUCUCAAAGAGCAAGAAGUACUAUGUUACAAUUUUCUGUCCAAUGACUAGCAUGCUCUUUUAUAUGUAGAAAUACUAUGUUAUACUUCCUAAGUUGAUCUCUGCCUAAACUGUUUAAUAUGGACCUCAACAUACCUAUAUAAUGAUUCCGACAGAUUUGGUAAGUGUUUUGUUACUGACUCGCCAUCUGUUACCUAAUUCACUGACAUAAUUGGCACUGACUGCUUGCUUGAAGAUAUGCGCAGUUCCUAUUUCACUGGUUAAGCAUUAAGCAUAAUUUGUUAUUUUUGUUAGCUAACUAACAGUAACUUCUGACCUGGUAUGUUUCUAUGCUUCACCUUGCAUGUGUCCCUACCAUCCAUAGCUGUCCGACUUGCUAAUAAUAAUUUGAGAUCUCAGUGGCCCAAAUCUUCUAUUUGGCGCUGAUAUUUGAUCUCUGAGUUUGCCUAUUUAGCUUGUACAUUUGAGAAUUGGGGAAAGAAAUAGCAAGACCUAUUCGUAUAUGCCAAUCUGUAUACUGUUACUUAGCGAG